GGGAAACAAGAGGACCUGCACCCCACUUACCGACACCCCGCACGCAUACACCCACACACUCCCUCUCUCACACACACACGAUUCGUUCGUGUUUUGUUUGUGUGUGUGUGAGUGAGCGGUGAAAGGAGGCCAAGCACUUCCUUCUUAGUUUGGAAAGCAGAAAUUGAAAGGAGGGCAAACAGUCCUUUCCUAUCCGGUUGAUUUCUGGAGGAGCAGGAGGCCACGAUCCUUUCGUCGGGUUGGAAUUGAAAAAUUGGCGGGCAACGUUCCUGUUGCGUCGGCAGACAGGCGUAUAUAGGAUAGCACAGAACAACAGGAGAAAAGCCAACGAACAACAACCAAACUAUCAACCAUGGCGGAGGAAAUGCAGAAGAUGGAGGCACUCCAAAGAAUGUUCGUCACGUUUUGCUCUUUCGGAACGUCAAAGAAAUUGGAGGAAAUGGAUGGCGCCAAGUUUGCCAAGUUUUGUCGUGAUGCAGGUAUCAUUGACAAAAAAUGCACACCGACAGACGUGGAUCUUAUCUACACCAAGAUCAAGGGCAAGGUUCAAGAGUUUGACAUCUUAAGGCUCAUAGAUUUGGACUCAGCGUUUUAUCAGAACACGUGGGACAAGGAGUUACACAAAGUGAAGGGGUUGUACAACAACUCCAUUCACUCUGCAAUUGGCAUAACACCGAAUCAGUUGCAAUACGGACGACAGCUGCACAAUCCUCUCUCCUAUCUGUUCCCCGAACGGUCACCUGGUCUGACGCUCGGCAUGCCUGGCUACAAUGCCAAGUAUGCACGCUUGCUCAAAGCUGCUAUCGCCGCAAUGAACAAGCGUCAGCAUGCCAUGAUCAAACAUGCUAACAAGUCGCACAAAGAACGGAACUUCGAAGUAGGAAAUUAUGUCUGGGUCAAAGUGUCUGAGUUUUUUUACGAAGAGAGCGUAUCACGAAAGCUUCUUCCAUUGAACUAUGGCCCUUGGCAGGUUCUAAAGGUGGUUGGCGAUGAUUUUGGUCCUUCGUAUGUGAUUGACGUGCCUCCUCGUCUGCGCACAUAUAUGGUCUUUCACACGUCCAAACUGUUUCCACACAUCGAUGAUGAGAUUUUUCCCUUCCGAGAUCCUAUGAUACCUCGUCCUAUCGACGGCGGCCAUGAGAUAGACAAAAUUGUUUCCCAUGAAGGAAGAGGGAGGAACAGACAGUACAAGGUUCACUUCCUCUAUCACCCGUUGAACGAGUUCUUCUUGAUUGACCGAAAAGAGCUGCUAAAGAAUGCUCCCCGUGUUGUUAACGCUUAUGAACGACAGAUCGCUGAUGGACAGACUGCUAAGUUUUCUGCAAAACUCACUCCUCAUGGUCUUACUAAAUCUCACUUUCUGAUCUACGCCUACGACGCAUUACUCGCUCGAAGGGACCUUGCUCUUGAGAGGGGGGUAUUUGCCACAUCAGCAGUGCCACAUCAGCAACAGUGCCACGUCAGCAGUGCCAUGUCAGCAACAGUGCCAUGUCAGCAGUGCCACGUCAGCAGUGCCACGUCAGCAACAAUGCCACAUCAGCAGUACCACGUCAACAGUGCCACAGUGCCACAUCAGCAGUACCCCGCCACCAUGACGGGCUCAGUUCUGGGCAUGCCAGGCCAACUGGCCAAUGAGUCCAUUGCCGAGUACCGACAGCGUUUCGAAGCUCAGCUCGCACUGAUCGAGGCUGAGGAACAGCGUCAGGYGGCAGYCGAGGCUGCCCGCCUACAAGCUGAAGCGGCGGUAACAGCUGAAAAGCAGCGGCUUCAAGCCGAAGCAGAAGCAGAUACCCAGGCACGCCGCAAGGAGGCCCAGGAUCUGUUACUGCGGCAUGAAGCCACCAGCAUCGAAAAGCUCAAGUUUUGGCACUUUGAACCAUCUGAGCAGCACGACGACGCCACACCGGAAGAGCAGCACAAGGAGUUCCUUGCCAAACUCAUGACCCGGUUGGUUUACACUUGUAACCACCUGCAGUCCGAGCUGGCAAAUCUCCGACGAGCGGUGCAGAACCACAAGGCCCUGCGCGAGGAUGCUACACGGGCACUCGAUUCCCGUAUACAGGACUUGGAGUUGGUAGCACCAAGACCAGAUGCUGGCGCAGCCAGCAGUGCACCCUCUACCUACCAACUGGAGGAACGAGUUGACCACGUCGUCGCAAUGCUCGGCGACAUCAACACCUUCACUGCACCAGCCACCAUCAGCAAGCAGCUGGACACCUUGAAGACCGAGGUUCAGCAACUGCACCAGCUGCCCAACAAGGAUGGCAACACCACGCAGCACUACAAGAUGCCGACAUUCCGCAUCGAAAAGUUCGAUGAUUAUACGCAUCAAGACCCUAUCCCCUGGUGGGAAGGCUUUACGACGGAACUUCGGAUUCUUUUUGUCCCCGAGCGCUCGUACAUCGGCACGCUGUUUCUCAACUCAAAGGGCGGAUGUCAGAUCUGGCUUAGCCACCUGGCAACCAUCCACGACGUCGACGUUGCCGAUCUGCACACGAAGAUUCCUUGGGCAGAUCUGACGAAGCUAUGGAAGAAGCGGUUCAUCGUGGACGACGCCCCGACGCUCGCCAUCAACCGCCUCUUCACGAUGACGCAAGGCAACACACCGACACACAACUGGCUCACGGAAUGGCAAAAGAUCGCGGCGACGCCCGAUCUCGAAUUGCCAUUUUCGCAUCUGCGCCGCGAGUUCUACAACUGGUCAUGUGCCGCCUUGAGCCUGGCACUUGGUGAUCGCGAGCAAUACGCAACCUUCGCCGAAAUCAUCGACAAGGCAAGGGAGAUCAUCAAGACCAAUCGGGCAGUUGCACACGAGAAGUCAACAUGGCAGCCAACCUAUGUGGAGAAAGGUAAAUUUGGUCCGCAUCCACAGCAUGUCGCUGCAGUCCACACGGACAACAUUGUGGAAGACCCGGCAGCCACCCAAGCAUCACGUGAGGGAGAUCAGGUGGCUGCUGUCCAGCCGCGAAGCAACAAUAACUCCCGAGGAAAAGGGAAGGCGAAAACCCCAUCGCCGGCCGGAAACGGACAGCCAGCACCAUGGGUCAAGUUUCACUUGACCGAGGCCGAAUACAAGUGGCGCGGCCGCUAUGGCUGGUGCUAUUGGUGCAACAACACCAAGCACAAGACCUCCCAAUGCCCAGAUCAAGGCAAGGAGGAUGUUCGGCCGCGCAUCAACUCGAGAAACUGAGUUGCGCAGGAGGUGAGGCAACCCCACCUCUCACUCCGCCAGAUUCGGCCGCCUUGCUAGCGGCCUCCUACACAUCUGGGGAGGAUGCGAAUGUCGCAAGUCCUCGGUUUACUUACGAGGGUUAUGCUGUCCACUUGGUCCCACCGUUGGACCAACCACUCCACGUGCAACAAUCCACCGCAUGCCCGGUUUCACUACCAUCGGCAACCGAGCCGGCAACUUCGCCGCCAUCUAUCGCCGGGGAUUCGACGACAUGGUCAAGACUUGAAGAGCUCGACCCGUU